AAAUCGCAACUCGUUCGUAGCAAGAAGUUGUGUCUUCAUCGUCGAAGCGAAAGAAAAGCGCCCGGUGGUUUUGACCCUUGCUAGCUCCAGGUAAUUGCUCCGCUCAAUUCUUCAAAAGAAACAAACAGCUUCCGGUGUGUGCACUAUUUCCUCCCAGUAUUCUGGGACAGAAGGAGAAAGAUACGCAAGGGGUUACAGUAUAGGAGAAAACGCAAAGCUUAGCCCCGAGAGGGUGGUUGAUGGUGAUGUGAUCGGUGGAAUGGAGAGAAGACGAAAAAAUCUUACGUACAUCUUUGUUGUGUCGCCCAUUUUCUAUGGGGCAGGCCUCGUAGUGUUGCAGACCAUGAUCCUGUGCUAUUGCGAGUGUCGAUAGAUGAAGCGGUGGUGCAGGUGCGGCGGGCUACUCCAUGCGUGGCCUGGCCGACCCUCUUUGACAGCUACCCCGUGUGUCCCGGGUCUUCCUUGUGGGAUGAGGAAAAGAAAAAUUACAUAAUUUGUGCACUGCGGGAACGGAAUGGGGAGCUUAAGCGUGUGACCUUGCUGUGGGCCGUUCCAAAAGUGGUUCCGUAUGUAAACGCCAUCAUUUGGAAGCACCCAGCGGAUGCUAUGUUGGUUCAUUUUUUAACAUUAAAAAUGAUUCUAGUUGUUGCUAUGGUUAUGUAAGUUGCCUUGAGCUGAGCUGUUGUGGGGCACCAAAACAUCGAUUCGGCAAAAAAACAGGUGGAAAAGUCUUUUGAAAGGGAUAUUCUCUGUCGCGGUGGGAUCUUUCUCUAGCUUGGGGGAUACAACAUUUCAGCGGCCAACAGGAAAAAAUGGUUUUAAAGCAAAUAUUUAGGAUGGAAUGGGCGCAGAGAGAGAGCUCAACAACGCUACACACGCCAGUCCAGGCGUCCCAAUGGAACUGCUACCGUCGUCGAACGCUGGUCUCGUCUCUUGAAACGUCGCGUUAAUCCUGGUGUGUGCCUGCAUCCAGCAUGUCCAAGCACAGUGCGCACAUCGCAUCGUUUUUACACCCACGAAAAUAGAGGCGAGAAACGCAUAGCCCGUGCCGGGGUGGUGGGUGAAAAGGGCCACUAGGAAAAGAAUGGGUCCUUUAAACCCGCCCCUUCCUCCCUCCAUAAGUUGCAUGUGCCGCGCAAAAAUGCAACGCUCGGACGCGCGCUCCCUAUUGUUCUACGACUCUAGAUCUGAAAAUCCCGAGAGCAACCGGCCAAAUAAAGCACGCCGCGAGCAGUAAACAAAGCGCGGGCCUAAUAAGAACAGGAGACAGAGAGCAAGCGAACAGAGCGGGAUCUAAGAACACGAGCCCCCCUCCGUCGUUCCUUCAGACCGAAAGGAUCGCCGCACUACGCGCUCAAAGGCCGGCCGGGGUGUACAACGUUCCCGAGACAACACCAACCAAGAGCCAGUGUUGGGGUGUAAGAGCCAGCACCUGCAACACAAGCAAGCAAAGAGAUUCCGUCCCUUCCAACCCGAUGCCGGAGGAAGACGAAGAAAUGACCCCCGGAGGUGGGGGUAAUGGUGCCGACGGUAGCAACGAGCAUCAGCAACUCGCCCAGAAACAUGGCAGCCGCAGUGCAGCAGACCGUAGUAGCUAUUAUUCGAGCUCCGGAAGCCGGGACCGUACCGACAGUCGUUACGAUGACGAUCAUUACCAUCGGUCCGGGCGAGAUCGCGAUCGGGACCGAAGCCACCGUGAGCAGCGGGAUCAUCGCGACCGGAACCGUGAUCGUGACCACCGUGAUCAUCAUCGGGAGCAUGGUGGCCGGUAUCGGGAACAUUACCGUGAUCGGGAUGAUUAUCGGGAACGCCGCGAUAGACGUAGUCGGUCGCGUUCGAAAGAAUCACGGUCGCGGGAUCGUGAUCGGCACCGGUCGCAGCGCGGCGACGAUCGUGACACGCGUGAUGCUUCCCGUUCAGAGCGCACCACCGUACAGGAUCGUCUAUCGGCGGAAAUUGAGCAAGAGCUGGCAAAUCUGCGCCGGCAGCACGAUCUGAAGGAAGCGUUAAAGAAGCUAAAUCACGACGCGGGAGACGACAAGCAGAAAGCUUCCUCCCACAGUGAGGCAGACAGCCCGGAUGAAUCGAAACCCGCGCGUCGGCGUGAUAUACCGCUCGUCCCAGCUGCACAUUCCAGACACUUUGGAAAACAGAGCACAUCCAGCUUUUUGCCAACAAAUUCCUCCACCCAACCAGUGGAAUAUGUGCCGGAAAUUCAAACCGAAGCGGAGCGGAUCGAGUUUCAGCGCAAAAUGCAGGAAAAGCUGCAGCAGCACCUAGCCGCCGAGGGUAAACUGUAUCCGCCGCCAGCGAAACCACAGCGUGAUGCGCCGGCUCCGGUGGCGAUGACCGGGUUCGCUAACGACGGAUCAUUCCUGGAAAUGUUUAAAAAGCUUCAACAGCAGCAGGCUGCUGCCACCGGAACCGGUACAGUGGUCGCACCGAUGUUACACCCAGCAGCAGCAACCGUUGGGAUCGCUGCCCCUGCUGCUGCUGCUGCUACUACUACUGCUGCUGCUGCUGCUGGCGUUACACCGAUGAUGGUUCCAGUCGCCGUGCCAAGAAUGCCAAUAGCAGCCGUACAGAAACCAGGCACGUUCAAAAUCGGUUCCAGCACUGUACCCGGAACGGCAGCCGGCGUAACGCAGAUCGUGAAACCAUCUGCAAUAGAGAAAGAACCACCGCCACCACCGUUGCCCGUCUUUGGGCGGAGGCGUGGCGGUAAGAUUCUCAAGACGGGACUCGUGAAGAAGGUUCGCCCGAUCGAAGAAUCCACAGCGGAAACGCCAAACGAUGCCUGGACGCUGUAUCUGCAGGAGGUGAAGAAGUACAAGAGUGCUUCCUGCGAUGCGGACUCGAAAACGCGUCCCCUGGUCAAAUAAGCAUGAGUCGCGGGAUGGGCAGGACGUUGGGACGAGCAGUGUAUUAGUUGCUUUUUUCUGUUCGGUCUGUGUUUGUGUGUUGUGUCCCUAGAGCAAGGAGAACCAUAUUUUUGGGGAGGACUAUUUUAUUUAUAACAAAUAUGGGUGUGAUAAGUAUUUUUCGUCUUGCAGUUGCAGUUUUGACUUUACUAGCUACUCCAUUGCGCCAAGCGAGUGCAGUGAAGUGUGAGAUACUACUGGGAAACAGAUUCCAAUUGCUGUUUUUUCUUGCUCUUAGAUCUGUAUAUAAUAAGUUAUCUAAGAUACUGUAUUUCAACUAUCCUAUCAGCAAUGGGAGGGUGGGCUUUCACUAUUUACGCCCACCUGGAAUGCUAUCGUUUUCCGGUGAUAGAUGAAAGUGAUAGUUUGCACUUUAUGAAAACAGUAUAAAGAGGAGAGUUCGAUUUUGGGAUAGGAAAUAGAGCGCACACGGUUGUUUAAACCCCCCCCUCUGUAUCCUCCCUGCUUUCUGGGAGGCUUAUACAAACAAAAACAAACCAAAAGCUUGACGAUAUUUUCUCUGGAA